AUGGACGACUAUGUCUCAGCAUUUCCAGCUACGCACCACGGCUACCGCAUUCGAAUUGGCAAAUCUCAAAAGAAAAGCAGUCCUGUCGCACACUACGAUUGUUAUCGUGGAGGCUAUCCCUCACUCGGAUCUACUGAGGCAGGAACAACCAAAUCUGCGCGUAUUGGUUGUCCCUUCAAGCUCAGCACCCGAUACCUAUACGACUCUGCAUCGUGGAUUCUGACUCAUACCCACCUUGGUCACAAUCACCCCCCCGACCCCAAUGUAAAACCUCGCAAGAAGUACAAGGACCCCAAGGACCUCCCCAUCCUCGCACCAGGGGUCGUCCUGGAUGAAAUCGACAAUGGGUCAGCGGCCAACCCCGAAGAACCUCUAGACUUCAAUCACCCCAUCACCAAUGAUGCGAUUGCGUUACCUGAAACACCCAUCCUCACCUCUCCUGCACAGACGUACGACGACAUCAAAGAGGACCUCAAUACACUGGACUCAAUUGAAGCCACGGUCUCACAGCUCAGAGCCCAACUAUGCGCCAUGGUUCCACAUCGUCGCCAAGACGUAUUGACGCAGAUACAGUCUAUCAUUCAGCAUGCAGCCAUGAUCAACGAUGAACGAUCAUUACCGAUUUCAUUCUUACCUGAAGCACCCCAGCCGACACUACUCUAUGAUAUGGUCAUACAGACCCAAAAUUCCACCCAUGACGAAGUAGGGCCAGCGCUUGAGGAAGGCUAUCCAGGUGACAGCCUUCUCGAAGCGAUGGAAGUUACCACCUCCACCUUCAACGUCGAAGACCUUAUCAUAACUCAGCCCACGCUUCAGGCUCCCCAACCGAUGGACACAGCCAACCAAUCGGCUCCUGACCAUGUAACAACCUAUCUCUCACCUGCUUCACCACCUCAAAUCUCACUUGUCAGCCAAAACCCCGCAGAACCACUAUCUCAUGCAGCCACAACCGUGGCACCCCUACCAUCGCCACCCGCUGCAUUCGUCCCGUCGGAUCCUGGUAAUACACCGUCAUCAUUAAGUGAACCUACAAAACCUUCAACUUCCAGCCCACCACUCACACGUAAACGAGCGCUCGAGGCUGCGUUAUCACAAAAGCCCAAUCUGAUCAAUCCCAAUCUACCCGCGCUCAUGGCAAAGUACCGUCUUCAUAGUUGGCUGGAACCUUUCGUGAUCGACAUCAGAGAGGUGAAAGGUGAUGGGCACUGCGGCUUCCGAGCCAUCGCCAUAUCAAUUGGCAAGUCCCAGGACAAAUGGCAAAGUAUUCGACAACAGAUGGCGGAUACAGUUACCAAUAUGGAGGACGACCGCCCCUUACCUGAGAAUCGAGCUGAUGCCCUGGCACGUCUUGCUAUAACCAAACCCAACGUUGUAACCGACCAACAGCAUUGGCUUGGUAUGCCAAGCUGGGGUGGGGUAAUAGCAAAUGCUUUCAAUCGGCCGGUCUUGUACUAUGAGCCUGGCUCUUAUAGUCAGAUUGUGUUUCCCUACUCCACCGCAUACAACAUGAACCCUCCUAUUGUACUUGCGUUCGCGGAUCAUCACUUCACCUCUCUAUUGCUCGAUUUCACUCGCCCCAACUUCCCAGCUCCACGUCUCUGUGCAACAUGGCGACGCUUUCACACACCCAAGGCCUCAGGUUGGUCCGAUGCUUGGCAACCGCUCAUAGAUUCACAUGCCGAGUUCUUGAAGAGUCUUAAUAAAAAUCGACGCAAGAAAAAAAAUCCGAUCUGUAUCCAUGUAUCCUAA